AUGCGGGCUGGCAGCCGCCGGGGCCCGGGGGGGCUUCAGGCGCUGUUCGUGGCGCUCGGGGCGGCGGCGGCGGCGCUGGCGCUCGGGGCAGCCGCCUACAACCUGGCCCCGGAGCGCGCCGUGCUCUUCCAGGGCCCCCCAGGCUCCUUCUUCGGCUACGCGGUGCUCCAGCACUUCCACGACAACACCCGCUGGGUCCUUGUUGGUGCUCCGAAGGCAGAUUCGAAGUACAGCGCUUCUGUGAAGUCCCCUGGAGCUGUAUUUAAAUGUCGAGUCCACACUAACCCAGACAGGAGGUGCACUGAACUGGACAUGGUUCGAGGAAAGAGUCGAGGCACGUCUUGUGGAAAGACUUGCAGAGAAGACAGAGAUGACGAAUGGAUGGGGGUCAGCUUGGCCAGGCAGCCCAAAGCCGAUGGCCAAGUGCUGGCCUGCGCGCAUCGCUGGAAAAACGUCUACUAUGAGACGGACUACAUCCUGCCCCAUGGCUUCUGCUACGUCAUCCCGGCCAACCUCCAGACCAAAGGCCGAACCCUGAUCCCCUGCUACGAAGAGUAUAAGAAGAAAUAUGGGGAGGAACACGGCUCAUGCCAAGCUGGGAUAGCGGGCUUCUUCACUAGUGAGCUGGUCGUGAUGGGAGCCCCAGGUUCCUUUUACUGGACAGGGACUGUCAAGGUCCUGAACCUCACAGACAACAUGUACUUCAAGCUGAACGAUGACACCAUCAUGAACCGGCGCUACACGUAUCUUGGAUACGCGGUGACCGCAGGCCACUUCACGCAGCCAACGUCCAUGGAGGUGGUGGGGGGAGCCCCUCGGGAUGAAGGCAUCGGAAAGGUUUACAUUUUCAGAGCGGACCGAAGAUCGGCCUCCUUAGUCAAGAUCUUUCAGGCAUCCGGCAGGAAGAUGGGCUCUUACUUUGGCUCCUCCUUAUGUGCAGUUGACCUGAACUCGGACGGCCUCUCGGACCUGCUGGUCGGCGCACCCAUGUUCUCCGAGAUCAGGGACGAGGGUCAAGUCACCGUCUACAUCAACCGAGGAAACGGAGCCCUGGAAGAGCAGCUGGUCCUGAAUGGGGACGGCAAUUACAAUGCCCACUUUGGGGAGAGCAUCGCUGCGCUGGGAGACCUGGAUGACGACGGCUUCCCAGAUGUUGCCGUUGGGGCUCCUAAGGAAAACGACUUCGCGGGAGCCGUGUACAUCUAUCACGGAGACGCCCAGGGGAUCGUUGCCCAGUAUUCCAUGAAACUGUCUGGCCAGCAGAUCAACCCCAUGUUACGGAUGUUCGGGCAGUCCAUCUCGGGAGGCGUUGACAUGGACGGGAAUGGCUAUCCAGAUGUCACUAUUGGGGCCUUCAUGUCAGACCACGUGGUACUGCUCAGGGCCAGACCUGUCAUCACAGUGGACGUCUCCAUCUUCCUCCCAGCCUCCAUCAACAUCACAGCGCCCCAGUGCUACGAUGGCCAGCAGCUGGUGAACUGCCUCAAUGUCACCGUCUGCUUUCGCUUCAGUGGCAAGCACGUACCAGGAGAAAUAGGGUUGAAUUAUGUCCUGACGGCUGACGUGACCAAAAAGGAGAAGGGCCAGCAGCCUCGGGUAUACUUUGUGUCUCCUGGAGAAACGAUGGGGCAGGUCUCUGAGAAGAUGCAGCUUUCCUACAUGGAGGAGAAGUGUGAACGCUACCAAGCUCACGUGAAGCGCCGGGUCAAGGACGUCAUCAAUCCGAUUGUAUUUGAAGCCGCCUACAGCCUUGGCGACCAUGUGAUUGGCAAGGAGGAGAAGGAGCUGCCGCCUCUUAGACCCAUUCUUCGCUGGAAAAAGGGACAGAAGAUUGCUCAGAAGAACCAGACUGUUUUUGAGAGAAAUUGUCACUCAGAAGAUUGUGCCGCCGAUCUGAAGCUUCAGGGCCGACUGCUGCUCUCUGGCAUCGAUGCAGACACCCCCUAUCUGGCCCUGGGAGCUGUGAAGAAUCUUUCUCUUAACAUUUCCAUCUCCAACCUGGGGGACGAUGCAUAUGACGCCAACGUCUCCUUCAACGUUUCUCGAGAGCUGUUUUUCAUCAACAUGUGGCAGAAGGAGGAGAUGGGCAUUUCCUGUGAAUUGCUGGAGUCUGACUUCCUCAAGUGCAGUGUGGGAUUUCCUUUCAUGAGGUCAAAGACCAAGGUAAGGAGCAGACUUCCUUCCUUCCUUCCUUCCUUCCUUCCUUCCUUCAUGCAACAGCAUGACCAUGUCUCCUUUCUCCAAACCAGUGGCAACAUAGAACGCUCUGACUCACUCCAUGACAACACUCUCAUUCUGUCGGUGCCUCUGGUGCAUGAAGUGGACACGUCCAUUGCUGGGGUCGUGUCCCCCACCUCCUUUGUGUAUGGUGAAUCCAUCGAGACGUCCGGCUUCAUUCAGCUGGAGGACUGGGAAUGCCAGUUUCAGCCUCUCAACAUCACCCUGCAGGUUUAUAACACUGGACCAAGCACGCUUCCUGGCUCGUUGGUCAACUUUUGGAUCCCUGACCGGCUUUCUGCUGGAGAUGUCGAGAUGUUCCUAAUCCAGGAGGUGAUGGUUGGCCAGGAGAAAGGAAAUUGCUCUUUCCAAAAGAAUCCAACCCAAUGCGUUAUCCCUCAAGAACAGGAAAACAUCUUUCACACAAUAUUUGCAUUUUUCACCAAGUCUGGACGGAAAGUCCUGGACUGUAACAGAGCCGGCACACCCUGCCUAAGCAUACAGUGCAGCCUAGGCACCCUGGCCAAAGAGGAGAGCCGCAGUAUCGACAUUUACAUGCUGCUCAACACAGAGAUAUUGAAAAAGGAUAGCUCAUCAGUCAUUCAGUUUGUGACCCGAGCCAAAGUGAAAGUGGACGCCAGUCUCAGGGUGGUGGAAAUACCCAACGGGAACCCAGAAGAGAUCAUGGUGGUCUUUGAAGCGCUGCACAAUUUGGAGCCUCGUGGUUACGUUGUGGGCUGGAUCAUUGCCAUCAGCUUGCUGGUGGGCAUCCUUAUCUUCUUGUUACUGGCCGUGCUCUUGUGGAAGAUGGGCUUCUUCCGAAGAAGAUACAAAGAAAUCAUCGAGGCCGAGAAGAACCGGAAAGAGAAUGAAGACAGUUGGGACUGGGUCCAGAAGAGCCAGUGAUGCCCCAUCCGGACGCCGCCGGUCACGUGCCGCCCUGCCCGCUCGCCUGUCGCCCCUGCUCUGUGUAUCUUCCAUAUGUGGAAGAAAGAAUCUUCUCCAGAUUUUUCGGAGGCCCAUCGAUGCAGCCUUGUUCCUCGUUCGACCAAGCAAGGGAGCAGAUCCCGAGGCCGGCCCUGCAGCCCUGGCACGUGACCUGAGCAGCCCAGCGAGGCUGGAACAGGUGAAUGAUGAACUCCAGAGAGCAAGCUGUGUGCUGAGCAAUAUUUAUGAGUCCAGCGUAUGUGGUAAACCCUCAGGGGAAGAC